AUGCAGAAGUACGCUAUGCAGCGGCGUCACACCUCAUCCGGCUCAAGCAGCGGUGGGGGUGCGACGGGUAAUGGCAGUGGUCUUCAUGUUUUAGGUUGCGGCGUUGUUGGCAAUGGCGGUGGGGGUGCCGUUGGGCGUGGCGUGUCCAGUGGCCCGGUUCCAGAUGUGGCUGCCUCCAGUUAUGUGCCCAUGUCAUCCUCGACCCCCGCGGGCUCCACGGACGCCAGUGAUGAGGAGGUGAAUCAGCUGCUGAAGGAGCUUGAGUGUUCUGUGAAUGGGUCAAAUGCAGAAGCCGUGAUGCGAGAUGCUGUGUGGGCCAUAGAACGACGAGCCCUUGCAAGCUGCGACCCGAUGAGUCGUGACUUGUUUCUUGAGCAACGCAUACGCGAUGUUCUCUCCGAGCUGUCACGAACAUCAAAUCCAAAAUUACUUCUUCUUGCUGUGGAAUUUAUUGAUGCUCUCCUUGCUGUGCCGUAUACAAAUCCUCAACAAAAGUUUACACGACUUUGCCGUAGCCUCUUCAUAGUCCUGCAUUGUGGCCUUGAGAAGCCGGUGAUGGAGGCACAACGUGUGCUGAAGCGUAUGUUGACUUUGGAUUUAAAGUUUGUUUCGUUAGAUUCACCACUCAAGUCAUUUAUUACGAAGGAACUUAAAGAUAACUGCGAGUUGUCUCUUAUUCAACUUCACGGCCGUGCACAGCAAACAAAGGCGCCAUUUGUCGCGCAGUUUCUUGCCGUCAUGCUAGCACUCGCUGCCACAGCCGAGAUUAACCCGCGCUACAUGGCCGGGCCACUUCGUCCACAUGCUGUGCAGCUCGCAACAGCCCUGGCUGGCUCGACGGAUGAGGUGCUUCGUCGUGCUGCGUACGACUGCCUGGUGGCGAUAUUUAGUAACACGAGCGCCAUGCGACACAAUGAGGUGGUGCUGGAAAACCGGCGUGUCUUGGAUGAUGCGAUUCGGUCCUUAAACACAAGUCACAAUAACGAAAGCAGCAUUAUAUCAACAUUGCAAUCUAUUCGUGCACUCAUAAGUAGCAGAGGGGUACAAUUUAUGGAGAAGCAGGUGCCUAUUCUACCGCAGCUUUGUGUUCUUGUCACGGAACAACACCGCGUUUCCAAGUCUCAUGCCGUACGCGCUGCUGUGUGUGAUCUCGUUCCAGUUAUUGCAGAGACGGAUGUACUUUCCGCGGUCCGUCGUACCACCUAUUGCGCUAUCAUUAUGGAACCCGUGAAAAACGUUCGAGAUGAACGAAACAAGAGCCUGGAGCUGCGCAAUGUUGCUACCUUUAUAAAGAACGUUGGUUACGAGGUACUAGACACCACAAACAGGACGAAUCUGGACUCUAUCCUCAUGCGCUACAUCACUCGUCGGGAAACACAAGAGGAGUGUUGGCAUAUUCUAGCGGCCAUAUGUAGCAGCCACGCAUGGUCAAUAUACAAGCGGGUGCUACAUACGAGUAAGUCUGGAAGGUCUAUAGCCGCUAGCUUCUCUGCCAGCAAGAGUGAGGCACCAACGACGGCAGGAAGCACUCAUUCUGUGCAAAAUGCUUCUGUUGGGAGCGAAGGUACGACAUCUGCUCGGACACGAAGUGUGGCUCCAGCAAAUUGUGUCAAGCAGCAAGAACUCAUGCAGCACGUUGAUGGUUUGGUGCGCCGCUGCAUUCCUCACCUGGCGAAUGCUGUUCUCUCUGCCGAGCUUGUCAAGUAUGUAACGAUGAUUCAAGAACAUGUCCUCCCCGUGAGUGCUGAGCUGCAGGCGGCUCUUGAAAAUCUUGUUGACAAUAAACUAAAGGACAAUCUUCAGGAUUCAAAGCGGAUGAAUUUUAGUGGUGGCAUGCCAAAUUCGACACGCGAUAAGUUCCCCGUUUCUACAGUGGGUUCUGUCCCACUGCAUUCAAGGCAUGAUGCCCAACAGCAGGCAUCAACCUUCAGUGGGCCCAGCAGUACUGUGGGCCGUUUAGCGCAGUACUUUCUCUCGCCUGCCACGUUAGAGGCCGGAACCGGCAAUUCUAACCGCAACGUGACGACUAGUAGUGUUGGAGAAAGCCAAGUGAAUGUGUGUACGAGGAGUGAUGGGGCAGGAAAUUUAGCUGGAGGAGGUCACAACUCAUCCAUAAGCGGCGUGGCAAUUUCUGCGACAACAGCAAAUACAAAUGCAACAACAACAACAACAAUAGGUAGUGUAGGGUUUGUUAUCGGUAGUGGCGGUAACAACAACAUGUUUACGCAUUAUCCAGUAAGCGCUCCGGAGCUUUGCAUUGCCCUUGGGCUUUUUGCAAAGCGACAAAUAACUUCAUUGCAGCAGCUGGAGGAAGUUCGGUCUUCCGUUAUUCAUUAUCAACGUCACCAGGACGCCCAAGUACGGCAGCAGUGCAGUACCUCGGUUGUGGAAGCACUGAGCCAGUGGACGUACUACGCAAGGCAGCACCGCACCUCUACCUACUCCACACGUGUCACCGAAAUUAUUGAGCUCUACUUAAGGCAUGUAGUGAUGGAGCUGGAUCCGAAGGUUCGACUCAUGGAAGUAACACUUCUUGCAGAUGCCGUGGAUUUACGUCCAUUUCUGUUAGAGCAGAGAAUUUUAAAAACGCUUAUGAGUUUCCUUCAUGACACUUCCCAGGUACGAGAGAAAACUGUGGAACUUUUCGUAGUUCUUACGCAGGAACCGCGGUCAACGCCUUCAGUGGAAGCGGUGCAGCAAAGUUUACUUAUUUUGGUGGAGUCGUACGUGGCGGUAAUUGAGUACUCUGACGAUCCUCGAAGUCUUAUUCGUCAUAUUUCCGAUCUUCAAACACUUGCCAAGUCCUCUCUGGCACCAUUGAUGGAUCAUAUGCAUCGCAUUUUUAUUGCUUUUCGGAGGCACUUGGUGGAUGAGAUGGUGGCCGAUGCUAUCGCCCUCUCCAUUCUAAAGACAACCGACACCAUUCUUGGUGCCCUGAUGAAGGAUGAGAACCUGAUGCUCCGGAACCAAGAUGAUUUGGCAGAGUUGUACGCCCCAGCGGUAAGUAUUCUCCGCCACAGCACAUCCACCUCACUGAGCCACGCUGCCAUUAGCUUUUUGGUGAAAAUGCAUGCUAUUGGGGCUUCGCCGCGGGAGUGGAAUGCGACUCAGCUUCAUGAUCUGCUGCAAUCCAUCACCUCCGUCUACAUUGGUGCAUUGAACAGUACCGAUGAGGAGGUGAGACAGGUGCUUACACUUUUUGGUCAAUUAGGUGCUGUUGAUCCCUCAACCAAGCCAGACACCGCUGCCACAAAGAAGAAAGAUGAUGAGGCGGCCAUUCAAGAUGAAGCCGAUCUUGAACUGACAUACGAUUAUACAGUCAUUGUCUACCGUGAUCUGAGCCGCAUAUUGGAUGUGAGUCUUUCGGAGAUGGUAUGCACACAGGUAUUACGCACCUUACUGCAACUUGUGCAAACGACUAGUGACAGGAAAGAUCUCAUUGGAGGAGCUCAUGCGGCAAAGGCAGUGUUGCAGAUUGCUAAGCGUUCAAACGACACACCGUCGCUGCGGAUAGAAGCGUUGCACGUUCUCGCUGCUAUCACCUCACUAAGGCAUGAAAAAAUCUCCAAGACGGUCUUACCUGAAAUUGUGGUGCUACUUGAGCAACUCUGGUACCCACAGGAUCAUGCCCUUUUUCGUGCCGUAUUGGAUGUUGUUAGUGCGCUGAAACCUGGGAAACUAUCUGGGAAGGAGCAAGCGGAAGUGUGGCCUUGGUUGUAUCCACGCCUUGUGGAUGUUGCCCUGCAAGAUCAUACAGAGUCAAGAGAAUUUUGUUUGCGUGUUGUGGACAUUUUGUUGCAUGCCAGUUAUAUUCCUCCACAUUGCAUACCAGUUGUCUUUCCUAUGCUCAUGCAUUUUGUGCAGCAACUUGAGCAAUUGGUGGAAGUACGCUCACUCUCAUUGUGUGCCGCAAUCCACAUUGUGUGUAAUUUGAAAGCUGUGCAACAUCUUCCUGCUUUAAUGCAUGCUAUUCGGACUCUCACACGACAUUGUGUGUUAAGCGAAGACCUUGGACCUCGCCUAUCGACUGCGAUGGUGCUGGAGGCGUUGAAAGUCCUUGCCGCCAUGUGUCUGAGUGGAAAGUCAACGAUAGCCGCCCUGCGUGAGUGUUUGCGAGAUACAGAGGAGAUGAGCAGUUUGGGUCCGACAAUAUCGUCGGUGGCAGAAAGUGGGCUGGAUACCACAGCUGUGAUGGGGGAUCAGCCGCGAUCGCCGUACCUGAGCCGCUAUCACCCGAAGCACCAGCAGGAGUUGGGUCAUGGCAAUCAAUACCUUGACCAGCCUGAUGACGAUCGUUAUGACACGUAUCCGCAGGGACAGCACGACAUCACACUGUUUAUGAAGCACGUGGAGUUUGGAUUGCGUACAAAGGAUAACAAAUGGCGGGAGUGGUUCGCGGAGUUUCAAAAGAACAUCAUUAUGGUCUCCCCACACCCUGUCUUCCGCAUCGUGGUGGAUCUCUUUGACAAGCACGAGCCGCUACGCCGCAAAUUGUUUUACCCAUCCUUCAAGUGCUUCUACGAGUCUCUCAACGCGGAGCAUAUGAAGAAGGUGAAUGAAGUUCUUCACCUCGCCCUGCGCUCCACAGACAGUGAAGUGAUCUCCAAAUGCCUUGGGCUUGCUGACUACCUUGAUCACAAUCCACCGGACAUUAAGGAGCCCGUCCUGCAGCAACUACGAUACCUUGAGAGCAAUGAUAGCAACACACGGGCGACAACGGCCCUUCAUUCGGCACAAGACCAUCAAAGUAGGACGAUCAGUGAUAAUUUCAACUUUGAGUCCCCGGUGCAGUCACUUCGUUCUCCCGUUGAAUCACGCAUGGGCCCAAGGAACACCAUGCCAAAUCUCAUCGACAAUCCACUUGUGGAUCUGAACAGUGGCUGUCAAAGGGAUAACAACAACAACAACAAUGAGGAAAGCAACGGUAACACCAAUGACUUUACUGAAAAUGGUGUAGACACUUCUCGUUAUUACCAUCAGAAUAAUAACAGGAUGCGAAGAACAAUGUGUGAAAAUUCGGAAAUUGCGAUUGGGUUUAAUCCAUUGGCACGUCCAAUUACCUCAACGAAUGCGCAAAAUCCCACCUCACCCAUAACGUAUCCACUAGCAUCACCUAUUCCUAAUAUUUUAAAUCCGCUCUUUACAAUGGAUAACCUGGUAGAGGCAGCACAGCGCACACGAAUGUAUGAUAAGGCCAUAAGCUAUCUUGAGAACAAGGUGUUACCCGUCAUUGAGAAGUAUCGUUACACAAGCAGUGUCCCAAAAGAGGCGUUGCACUCUCUUGUCCUCCCACUUGCAUGGCUGUACAGUAAACGUGAGAUGCAGGAUUCUGUUGUUGGACUUUUUCGUGUCAUUCGCUACAAGACUGAAAAUGAGGAUGGAUUGAAUUAUGAAUUGUUGCAGUGGUGGGAUGUAGCACAGCGUGUCUAUGCUGGAAAAGUGGAGAAUAACAAAAACUUCAGUCUGGUGGAUCUUGAGGGUUACGUGCGAACGCUCUGUUUGUGUGGAGAAUGGGAGAAGGCGCUUCAUGUCGUCAAAACGGCCUCCCCACGGCUCACACAGUCCUCGGCGGCUAUAGCACAGUCGGGGGCCAUGGCGGCUUGGAUUCUUGGAGAGUGGGAUGAUGUUAAGCACCUUAAAGAGUGUAUCCCCGUGAAGGAAAAGGUCGACACGGCACUUCGUCUCUUCUUUGAGAA